AUGACGUACUUAACUUACAGACACGGAUAUUCAACCGAAACAGGUACAAAAUCAAAUACAGCACCUAAAGCAUUUAAAUCCUCGUCGUUCAAUCAACCAAAAGAGAUCCCUAAGGCAUCAACGAGUCAAACGCAAACUGCUGAAGUACCCCAAGAAGAUAUUGAUGAUUUUAACAUAACGAAGUUGAUCCAUGGAACUACGGACAUGAAGAUCGCAAUAACUAAGAGGGCCAGUAAUAAACUAACGAGUAUUGCUGAAGACGAUAAGAAUCCUAAUGCUGCGUUAAAAGUUGAGGUCGAAAGUGGUGGGUGUCAUGGAUUUCAAUACAAUUUAAAGUUGACUGACUUGACUGAAGAAUUGAAAGAUGAGAACAAUGAGCUUUUGGUUUUCAAAAGAAUGGGUGAUGAUGGCGAGGUAGCGCAAGUUGUAUUAGAUGAUUCUUCAUUACAGAUUCUUCAAGACUCGAAAGUUGACUAUACAAAAGAAUUAAUUGGUAGUCAGUUCAAAAUUGUUGACUCACCGUACACUUCUACGGCUUGUGGUUGUGGUGCAUCCUUUGAUUUUGAUUUUGAAAAGUUAGAAAAAGUAAGGGAGAGAGAAGCUAAUAAGUAA